AUGUCAAGUAAUAAACGACCUUCAUUUAUGGUUCAUGAUUUAUUACAACAAGAAACUGAUGAGACACAAACGUUAAAAUAUUGGCAAUUACAAGAGUUGCUUGACUUUCAAACACAUAAAAAGUCUCUCCUUGAUCAGAGUAGUAAUAAUAAUAAUUGUAGAAUUAACCCGAACACAAACAAUACUGCUACUGCUACGCCUCUUAAUACCACUGCGAAUACUACUACUACUACUGAUAUGAGUGAUUUGAGUAGUUUUUAUCCAAUUUAUCAUGAGAAAACAAACCUGUUCAAUAAUCAACAUUGUAAAUGGGAUACAUCAUCACAACGUUUCAACGUUUACACAGAUGAUUGGAAUAAACAUCUAUCUGGAGUACAGCACAAGGGAUUUUUGAAUCAAAAGGACGAAGACGCUACAGAUAAAUCCCUACUUAAACAAACAAUCAAUUCCCUUUAUGCUCAACACUUCCAGCUGACCGACAACGACGAUGACAAUCCUGAGGAAAUCAAUGACUCCUAUAAUAACAACAAUAAUAAUAACAGUGAUAAUCACAAUAUGAUCCAUAAGAAAUUAUUGAAAAAAUCUCGAAAAGCUCGUACAGCUUUUACAGAUUAUCAGUUGACUGAAUUGGAGCAAAGUUUUGAUCGUCAAAAGUAUUUAGGUGUACAAGAUCGUAUGGAGUUGGCAGCUAGACUGAGUCUGUCUGACAGGCAAGUGAAAACAUGGUAUCAGAAUAGAAGAACAAAAUGGAAACGUCAAACAGCAGUUGGUCUUGAACUGAUGGCUGAGGCGGGAAAUUUUGUCGCUGUCCAACGUCUUGUUGAACAAAGUCCAUUUUGGGCAUAUCAUCCAACUGUUAGAUAUAUUUUAUCCAAUAUUGAUUUUAUGCAUUCAUCUUCACUGACGUCUUCGACACUGAAGACAACAACAACACCGACGGCAAUGCCAGCAAAUACAAUGACAUCUGCAAUAACAACAUCAACAAUACCAGCCAUAAUCACGCCAAUGCCUACAGUGACAGCAUCAGUUUGUCAGAGUUUGCCUACUUCUCUUUCCAAAUUGCCAAUACCAGCACCAUCGGAGAUGUUAGUACCAAGAACAACAACAACAACACCACCAGAGAUUAGAACAAAUGAAAUAUUGAAGUGUUUCAACACUGCUGAUCAUUAUCAACAGACACAGUAUUCUUGUUACAUGACGUUGGACAAACAGACUAAAGUUCCUGAGAAGUUAACCACACCAGUGACAAUGAUAACAACGUCAGCGUCGAAUCAUAUACAAGAGAGAUUAGGUAUUAAAUCAUCGUCAAGUGGUACUAGUGGUACUGCUUCUAUCAUAGUCCCUUCUCUCGCAUUAACUCCACCCUCUUAUUCAAAAACGAUUGUUUUAGGACAGCCAGAUAUUAGGCGACAAUUAUUACAUCCAUCUAGAGUUUCAUGGUCAUCUAAUCAUCCUAGUUAUUAUUAUUAUCAUCAUAACCAUCAGUGUCAGUCUCGUGGAUUACAUCAAAAGACAGUUAAUGUUCAUAAUCCUUUAUUGUCGAUUAAAUCUUUGGAACAGUCAUUUCCUGGAGAUCAAUCACAUUUACAUCCAGCUCAGUCGUCGAUUUUAUCAUCGCCGUCAUCGUCAUCACCAUCCUCCUCCUCUUCUGCUUCUUCGAAGUCAUCAGCGGUGUCAUCGGCGCCUGUAGUCGUGGUGGUAGACAGAGCAGCAUCAACUUCAUCUUCUUCGACUUCUGUUAUCUCACCGACAGAUGAUAGCGGUACACACGAGAUGUGA